AUGGUUGAGAACGCUGCCUUAGCUGAUGCUAUUCGUUUGUUGGCUGAAAAUGUGAUCCAAAACCGGGGAGACCAAGUCGACCCCCAAGCUGAAAUGUUUAAGAAGCUGGCCCAGGUUAGGCCACCAGUUUUUAGGGGAGGUGCUGACCCUACUUUCCUAGAAAACUGGAUUCGAGAGUUUGACAAGUUGUCCGUCGCACUCAACUGUCCCGAGGGUAUGAAAGUGGACCAGGCCGCUAUGUACCUUAAGGACGAAACUGAUAUCUGGUGGAGAUACAAUGUUGUGACCGUUAGGGCCAAACCUAACUUUGGGUGGGAAGUGUUUAAGACCUCCUUGAGGGACAAGUUUUACCUCCCGUUCCUGAAGAAACAAAAGGCUCAGGAGUUUAUAAAUCUGGCAAUGGGAGACAUGUCAAUCUUUGAGUACUAUAAUAAGUUUAUGACCCUUUCUAGGUUUGCUCCUGAGGUAGUACCAACCGAAGAGCUGAAGGCUCAGAGGUUUGAGCAUGGAUUGACAGACGAGUUACAGAAGGACCUAGCCGAAAUUUUUUUUAAAACCCUAGACAAGGUCUAUGAGAGAGCUUCCCAUCUGUACCAUCUGAAUACUAGGACUGCUAGUGCGAGUGCUAAAGCUGGGGAGAAAAGGAAGGACUUUGGGAAAUCUGAGAACCACGGUAACUUUAAGAGGUCUAGAAAUGGGAACUCGUUUGAUAGGGGUAACCAGCAUGUUAGCAGUUCUUCUAAUGCUAACAAUGGAGAGAGAACCUACCACUGUAAGAGGUGUAGAAGGAACCACCCUGGGAGAGACUGUGAUGGGAAUUUGGUGACCUACCGGUUCUACAACAAAAGGGGACACAGGGAGUAUGAGUGUUACACCAAGCAAAAACAACAGGGAAAUGGUGGGAAUGGUGGGAACACCCAGCAGAGGCCUAACAAUUUCAACAACCAGGGGAAUAGGGAAAAUGGUCAAAAUGGGAAGUUUGGGAAUGGUAGCAACAAUAACAACAGGUCUGGCAAUGACAAUAGCAACAAUUCAAGCAACAACAACAAUGGUUAUCAGACAAGAAACAACACUCCCGGCCGCUUGUCUGUGAUGAGCAAGGGAGAAGCUGAGAGGUCCUCGGAUGUAGUUACUAGUACUUUUUCUAUCUAA